AUUUCUGUGCCGUUUUGUAGGCUGAAAUUGGAGUGUGUGGGUUUUUUUUUAACUUCUCGUCGGCGCGUGUUUGAUCGAAAUAUCGGAAUGGACCCGCAGGUGGCGAAGAUUUUAGAGGAUGCCUGUUCUAGGGUUCGUGUUCCUGCCGGAGGAGAUAAAAUCCACAAGGAUGAGUGCGUGUACUCAUUCGACACUCCAGAAUCACCUACCGGUCUGUACCUGUGCCUGAGAACAUUUCUAGGCUUUGGUGAAUCCUUCGUCGAGCAACACUUCACCAGAACAGGAAGCAAUGCCGAUCCUCCGGAGAAAAAGGUGACCAAGAUGGCGAUCGGAAUUGAAGGUGGAUUUCACGCAGGGAAAAGUCCGAAAGUGGAAUAUAAGGAACAACACUCUCUCGUACUUCGUGACGUUGUCAAGAAGGCGUUAGAAAUGGAGUCCGCAUCCAAGCUGUCGGAACUGGAAGCACUCGCUGGCACCUGGGAUGGAGAAGCUCGUCAAAUUUCAAAAAAUGCAGAGAAUUUGACGCAGUUGGAUAAUGGCAUUCGGAUCCCGCCCAGUGGGUGGAAGUGCGAGAAAUGCGACAAGACGGAGAAUCUGUGGUUGAACCUUACAGACGGGUCUAUUCUUUGCGGGAGAAAAUUUUUCGAUGGCAGCGGAGGAAAUAAUCAUGCUGUUGAGCACUAUGAACAGUCCCGUCACCCCUUGGCCGUCAAGCUUGGAACGAUCACUUCAGAUUCAAAAGCCGACGUUUUCGAUUACCAACUGGAUGAUAUGGUAGAAGAUCCUUGGCUUGCAAAGCACUUGGCUCAUUUCGGCAUCAACAUUCAUAGCAUGGAAAAGACCGAGAAAACCAUGACGGAACUGGAGAUCGAGAUAAAUCAGAAGAUGGAAUGGAGCGUGCUCACGGAAAGUGGAGCUGAUCUGAAACCCUUGUAUGGUCCUGGUUACACUGGGCUGCAAAAUCUGGGAAACUCUUGUUAUCUAAGCUCCGUCAUGCAAGUUGUGUUCACCAUUCCAGAAUUUCUGGCCAAGUUUGUGGAGCAAUCGAAUGACAUAUUUGCGCGUGGAAGCGUUGAUCCAUUUGACGAUUUCAACGUUCAGAUGGCAAAAUUGGGCACGGGAAUGUCUUCGGGGAGGUAUUCUGUACCACUUCGGGACACUUUAACGGACGCCGGGAAAGGAAACGGUGGGCCGGAUUUUGAAAAGAAGCUGGACGAAAUGAAGUGGCAACAAGGCAUUCCUCCACGUUCAUUUAAAGCAUUGAUUGGGAAAGGCCAUCCAGAGUUUUCAACGAAGCAUCAGCAGGAUGCGUCGGAAUUUGUUCUGCAUCUUAUCAAUCUCGUCGAAAAAUUCACGUUCUUGACUUUUUUGUGUGGCACAAAACAGCGUCACAGCAGGAUCCCGACGAAUCCGGCGGAUUGCUUUAAAUUCAAGGUGGAAGACAGAGUUCAGUGCCAGGCCUCAGGCAAGGUCUCUUAUAAGUACAGGACAGAGUACUUGUUGCCACUUUCAGUUCCAAUGAGUGCUGCGUGGAACAAGGAAGAGGUUGCGGCUUACGAAAGCAAGAAAGCCGAAUACGAACAAAAAAAGAUGUGCAUGGACCCAAGCCUUGUGGUUCGUCCAGCAAUUCGUGUGGAAGAUUGUCUUUCGAGCUUCGUAGCUUCGGAAAGGGUGGAUCGGUUUUUCUCAACUGCCAUUCAAAACUACACAUCAGCUGAAAAAACGACGCGAUUGACGACAUUCCCGAGAUAUUUGUUCAUUCAACUGAAGAAAUUUUCUCUGGCACCGGAUUGGACCCCGAUUAAGCUAGACGUGUCCGUUGGAAUGCCAGAUGAGCUAAAUUUGGAGGCCUUGCGUGGCUUUGGGCUUCGAAAAGGCGAAGAAAAACUGCCGGAAGCCAAGUCGAAGCCAAAAGUCGAUUUGAAUGAAGAACACAUCCAACACCUGGUGUCUAUGGGUUUCCCCAUGGAAGCAUGUAAAAAAGCCGUGUAUCAUACCGGUAAUCAGGGUGUCGAAGCAGCCAUGAACUGGGUUAUGGAACACAUGGCUGACGACGACUUCGGCUCCCCGUUUGUCAUCCCAGGCACCGAAUCAUCUGCUGACGAGUUUGUACCCGAGGCGAAUGCCAUGAUGAUGCUGACGUCGAUGGGUUUUACGGAUGAUCAAGCAAAGCUUGCGUUGAAAUCGACGAACAACAAUUUGGAACGCGCGGCCGAUUGGAUAUUUUCUCAUCGUGAUGAGCUUGAAGCCUUGGUAGCUGCUGCGAAAGGUGAAGCCGCAAAGGGGCACUAUAAGUUGGUGGCUUUCAUAUCCCACAUGGGUUCGUCGGCAUUCGUCGGUCACUACGUUUGUCACAUCUUCAAAGAAGGGCGCUGGGUGAUCUUCAACGACGAGAAGGUCGCCGUUUCGGAGCACCCACCAAAAGAUCUCGGCUACUUGUAUUUGUACGAGCGCUCGUGACGUGCUUGCGCGAAAAGAAAAAGGCUUGGAUUUCCGCGAAAGGUGAUCUUAGCGGUUUGAUCUUCUGUGAAUCCGUAUCAGUCGAGUCUGUGCGUGCUUACGGUCGUAACAUGAUUUCAGAAACCCUGUCUGCUCCGUCGUGGCGGAGAUUUCUUCUGGCGGGAAAAUGGAAAAAAUACACUGCAUCUGCCAGAAGUUUAUUCAUUUCCUGUGAUUUUAUUAAUUUAUCUUUAUGGUUAGUAAUGUUUGUGAGUCCUCUAAGUUAUUUGCGAGUAAGUUUUAUUUCUCAACUUCCUGAUUGAGAUUCCGAAGAUUUUCCCGAUUUUAUACAAUUUCCCGGCUCAGAGUUGAGACAUGUAGCAAGAAGACGAAACAGAUCUAGUAAAUACUUCCUUUUCAAAUGAAUAGAGGAAACCUUUUUUUCAUGAAAGGAGCGUUCGCUUUCGGCAGUCCGAGUUCAAACUCAAUCCAAUUUGGCAACGGGGAUGUCAUGAUAUUUCAC